AUGAGGGUUUUAAGUCUUGCUUUUAAGCGUCGCAUUACUUAUGCGAGCAACUGCAAGUCAUUAUUCUCAAAACCAUCAAUUAAAAAAUUUUCUUCGUGUUCAAGAGUAUGCGACGCAUUUUCACCUUUGGAUACAUUUCCGCGUAGACACAAUGGUUCUUCUGAAUCCGACGUCAAAAAAAUGCUUGAUAUUGUUGGUGUAAAGGAUAUGGAAGAAUUGGCUUCAAAAACUGUUCCUGCCAAUAUUCUUUCUAAACAGCCCCUUGCUUUAGACAAAGACCUUACUGAAAAUGAGCUUUUGAAAAAAUUGAAGAACAUCGCUUCGAAAAAUAAAAUAUAUAAAACGUAUAUCGGCAUGGGUUAUACUGACACUAUCAUUCCUCCGGUCAUAUUAAGAAAUAUCCUGGAAUCACCUGGAUGGUAUACACAAUAUACUCCAUAUCAACCCGAGAUUUCUCAAGGUCGCCUUGAAUCUCUCUUAAACUUUCAAACUAUGAUCACUGAUCUCACUGGGAUGGAUGUAGCAAAUGCUUCCCUUCUCGAUGAAGGAACUGCUGCUGCAGAGGCUAUGUUUAUAGCUUAUUCUGCAGGUAAACAAAAACAGCACACUUUCUUUGUGGAUAAAAAAUGUCAUCCUCAGACUAUUGCAUGCUUGCAGACUCGCGCUGAAUGUUUUAAAAUCAAGGUCAUAGUUGGAAAUGCUUUAGAUUAUGAUUUUGAUCAACAUGGUAAAGAUUUAAUUGGAAUUUUAACUCAGUAUCCUGCUACUGAUGGUACGAUAAACGACUAUACUGAACUCGCCAAUAAAAUUCACUCUAUCGGUGGACAAAUGAUUUGUGCUACUGAUUUAUUGGCGCUUACCUUACUUAUUCCACCUGGUGAAUGGGGCGCUGAUAUUGCAAUCGGUAACAGUCAACGAUUUGGUGUUCCAUUAGGUUAUGGCGGUCCGCAUGCUGCUUUUUUUGCUUGUAAAAAACAGCAUGUUCGUAGGAUUCCUGGUAGAUUAGUUGGUGUUUCACGUGACGCUUCUGGUAAUAAAGCCUAUCGAUUGUCUCUACAAACCAGAGAGCAACAUAUUAGGAGAGAAAAGGCUACUAGUAAUAUUUGUACAGCUCAAGCCUUAUUAGCCAAUAUGGCGGCUAUGUAUGGUGUUUAUCAUGGACCAGAGGGGGUGAAAAACAUUGCUAAGCGCAUUCAUAAUUUUACUAAUACUCUUGCGGCUGAUAUUAAAAGUCACGGAUAUACUAUUAAAACGGACCAUUUUUUUGAUACAUUAAAUGUUCAUAUUGAAGGUGGAUCUAAGAAAAUAUAUGAAAAGGCCUUGAAAGCUGGCAUUAAUCUUCGUAAAGUAGAUGAUUUUACUAUCGGUAUCACUUUGGAUGAAACAGUUACAAAGAAUGACCUCGAGAACCUCAUUAAUGUUUUUGCUAAGGAUCCAUCAUAUGUGCCGAAUCUUGUAGAUAUUAAAAAAUCAAACAUUCCAACCCGAUUUAUUCGUACUUCUCCAUUUAUGCAACAUCAGGUUUUUAAUUCUUACCAUUCAGAAACAGAAAUGCUACGAUAUAUAUAUCAUUUGCAAUCUAAAGAUCUUUCAUUGGCCCAUUCUAUGAUUUCUUUGGGAAGCUGUACUAUGAAACUUAAUGCUACAACAGAAAUGAUUCCUGUAACAUGGCCUGAAUUUGCAAAUAUUCAUCCUUUCGCUCCAAUUGACCAAGCAGAAGGAUACAAAAUAUUGAUUCAGGAGCUUGAGCAUGAUCUUGCCGAGAUAACUGGUUUUGAUGGUAUUUCAUUACAACCUAAUUCGGGUGCACAGGGUGAAUAUGCUGGACUUCGCGUAAUUGGUGCGUAUCACAAAUCACGUGGGGACGAAAAACGCGAUGUUUGUCUUAUUCCCGAUUCUGCCUAUGGCACAAAUCCGGCGUCGGCAGCUAUGUCCGGUAUGUCAGUUCUUAAUGUUAAAUGUAACAAUGGGGAUCUUGACAUGAAAGAUCUCGAAGAAAAGGCAAAAAAAUAUAAAGAUCGAUUAGCUGCAUUCAUGGUUACGUAUCCAUCAACAUUUGGUGUGUUUGAGAACGGUGUUGUAGAAGCCUGUGAAAUAAUUCAUAAUUAUGGUGGGCAAGUUUAUAUGGAUGGUGCCAAUAUGAAUGCACAGAUUGGUUUAUGUAAACCUGCUGACAUCGGUGCUGAUGUUUGUCAUUUGAAUUUGCACAAGACAUUUUGUAUACCGCAUGGUGGUGGCGGUCCUGGUGUUGGUCCUAUAGGAGUAAAAUCUCACCUUGUGCCUUUCUUACCUGGACAUCCAAUAAUCAAAGCUGGUGGUGAUAAGGGUAUAGGUCCUGUGUCAGCUGCUCCAUUUGGCUCUCCAAAUAUUUUACCUAUUUCGUGGGCAUAUAUAAAAAUGAUGGGUAGUGAAGGGUUGAAAUCCGCCACAUAUUACGCAUUGCUUAAUGCGAACUAUAUGGUUCGUCGUUUAUCUGAACACUACAAAAUCCUAUACACCAAUCAAAAUGGCAUGUGUGCACACGAAUUUAUUGUUGAUGUUAGACCAUUUGCAAGUAGUGCGGAUAUACAUGCAAUUGAUAUUGCUAAACGCCUUCAGGAUUAUGGUUUUCACUCUCCAACGAUGUCAUGGCCAGUUUCUAACACGUUGAUGAUAGAGCCAACUGAAUCUGAAUCAAAAGCAGAAUUAGAUCGAUUUUGUGAUGCUAUGAUUUCCAUCAGAAAAGAAAUACGUGAGAUCGAGCUUGGUAAACAACCAAAAGGUGAUAAUAUCCUUACAAAUUCACCGCAUAUAAUUCAAACGUUAGUGAAACCAACGUGGGAUAAGGCAUAUACAAGGGAACAAGCUGCUUUUCCUAUAAAAUCUUUGAGAGAGCGUAAAUUUUGGCCAACAGUUGGAAGACUUG